AUGGAUGCGCCAUGGUUGGAGGAAGAAGUUCGGACGGCGGUGCGAGAGCUGGCCCCAGGGAAGUCGCCCGGGCAAGACGGCCUUCCCAAGGAACUCUUCAAACACAACUGGGACCUGCUCGGCCCAGUGCUGAUGGAGUUCGUCGGCGACUUCACGCGGUCGGCGGAGCUUCCCCGAGAUAUCUUAACCGCGGUCACGAUCCUGCUGCAUAAGAAGGGGAGCAAGGAGGAGUUAGGGAACUAUAGGCCAAUCACGCUGCUGAGCACGAUCUACAAAGUACUGGCGAAAGUAAUGGCAACAAGGUUUAAGAAGGUGUUGCACGAGGUGAUUUCGGAGGAACAGGUGGGUUUCUUACCCGGACGGAAGCUGGCGGACGCUGUUGCGGUGGUGGCUGACGCAAUCGAGGCAGGGGCCACUGGUGGGAAGGAUUGGUUUCUGCUGAUGGUCGAUUUCCAGAAGGCCUUCGACUCCAUCUCGAGGCCCUUCCUCUUCAGCACGUUGCGAGGGAUGGGAGUUCCGGAGGUCUUUGUGUCUUGGGCAGAGGGUCUGCACACAGGAGCAGGAACGAGACUGCACAUUAACGGUUGGACAGGCGACAGAGUUGCGGUAGAACGGGGGGUUCGGCAAGGCUGCCCGCUGGCACCAUACCUGUUUUUGUGCGCGGUGGAGCCGCUCUGCCAGGAGUUUGAGCAGCGGAGGCUGGGUGUCGAGGACGGGGGAGCGGAGAGGCUGGCGUAUCUGGGUUACGCCGACGACACGUCGCUCCUGCUACACGGAGAAGAACAGCUGGCAGCCGCAGCGGAAGCACUGGAAAAUUUCGGGGAGAUAUCGGGGCUGAAGGUUAACAAGGACAAGACGGUGGUGUUCCCGCUCGGGAAAAACAGAGGGAGACUCCCGCCGGCGGACUUGCAGUACAAAUGGGCUGAUAAGGAUGCACCGGAGAGGCUGCUGGGUGUCUGGAUCACCCCGAACGGCGAUCCACUCCCGUCCUGGGAAAAGGCGUUAGACAGGGCACGUAAAGAAUUAGCCAAAUGGGAGAUUCAGCACCUAACCACAUCGGCAAGAGUCACGAUAAUCAACGGCUAUAUCUCGCCCAUUUUCAUGUUUCAAGCCUACAUUUACCCGCCGCCGGCGGAGAUAUGGACAAAGAUAAAGAGGAUCUGUCACAACUUCGUGUCAGGAGGCGAGGCGACAGAAGAGAAGGCCUUCAUUCCCUGGAACUACGAGCUGAUCUGCACACCAAGGGAGGAGGGGGGGCUGGGGAUGAUCUGCCCCAAGAAACGGUUCGACAGCAUAGCGGUGCAGAAUGUUGGGCGUAUGAUGCUGCAGGCAGCCUCAGUCAAGAAGUGGCUGACACGAUUUACGCCCACCACUCCCUGCUGA